GGCCGGUGCGGCCGGCCGGCAGAGGGCAGGCAGCGCGCGGCGCCGGGCGACGUGCGUCGGGACUAUGUGCGCGCCAUGUGCUGGCGGCAGCUGUCCCGGCUCUACAAGACGCUGUUCGUGGCCAUGUUCUACCUGGGCAUCUACAACCUCGUCUGGAACGUGCUGGGCCCCACCACCGAAGUCACCUUCAUCCCCAAGGACCUGCAUGUGGGAGACAAGUAUGCGCUGAUAUUCCUGGCGGCGGGGCCCGAGUGGCCCGUGCUCUCGGACGCCGAGGGAGCCGAGGUGUUCAGGAGCAGGGGCUGCGGACCCUGCUUCAUCACCAACAACAAGGGCCUGCUGCCGAUGAGCGAGUUCGACGCCGUGCUGGUGUACGGGAAGAAAGCACUACUGUCGGAGGAUUCGGCGGCCAUGGACCCCGAGAAGAGGUACCUGCUGGAGACGUACAAGCGCUGCAUGUCCAGCAAGCUGACGCGCUGCGUGCGGGAGCCGAGAGUGACGUCAUUCCUCAACUACAUGGUGCUCCACCUGUGCGAGCUGUGUGACAUGUUAUUGAAGAAACGGUACAACCAUAAAACCAAGCAAUGAGUGCCUUGCUAGAGUAAGAGAGCGAGCUGUGCCGGGCUGUGCCGAGCUGUGUGUUGGUCAAGUGUCCCUUGUUGCUGUAAGAUGGUGCUGGUAUACAGCGGCAGGCGCGGCUCGCUCACUGCUCUGUUGUUGUAUACUUAGGUACUGUUGUUGUUGUUAACCACAUAGUUGGAGACUGAUGUUAUGUUUCAGAGAGUUUAUUAGUGUUGCUGUGUAUAUGUAUUGUGGUAUGUGCAUUACGCUACAUUACAGCAGUGUGUAGUAGCAGAAGUGCCGAUAUCAGACGGACGUUACUACUAUACCUAACGCGCUGUAACAAGGUGCGGCUGACAGAUGCCAGUAUGACGUUGACGUCUUUCUUUAGAGAUGGACAUUAGAAAAAUCUUUUUUUAUCGCUAUCGAUACUCGCAGCAUACAUUUAAUUCUCUUUAAUUUUUUUAUUAAAUGUGUGUGUUAUUUAGUUGUGCAGUCUAACUACGUGUAUAUACUUGUCAAAAUAAAUAUUUUAUGACCGAGCCCUGAGGUGUUUCAGAGUUACAGUUUUACAGAACCGUGAAGAAAAAAGGAUAUAUUAGUUUGUAUAUGUUAGAUUAAGUACCACCACGCAUUAUCAAUGGCGCCGGAAAUGUCUAGAAAAAUGCCUACUACAUAUUUCUGCUCAGAUAAUGUCACUGUGGUUUGGGCAGAGAGAGCCGCGUCUACAGUGGAUUUACCCACAUAAUUAAAGGUUUUUUAAGAAUGAUAAUUGAACGACGCACGAUUUUCGUUUUUUAUUCUAAAAAACAUCGACUACCUAUCCAUCGUAGCCGUACAUCCCAUCACUAAACACGACUAUGGCUUUACGUUAUACGCAUAACACUUUACUUUAUUUUUCAUUUCAUUAGAUUUUAAUUGAAUACUAGAACAUUCCGGUUGGUUUUAAUUUAAUUAACUACGCUUCCGAAUGAUUUAACAUAAUACGAAUGUGAUAUAGCUAAAAUAUUAAGGCAUAAUUUUUAAAUCGCAGCAACUUUCAAGAGUGAUACGAAACGUUACUGAAUCUGUCAGCCGCACCUUGUUAGAGCGCAUUAGGUAUAGAUGACGUAACUACACAUUUUUGUUUGAGAAAUUGAAACAAUUGACUGAUAUAUUGAUAUAUUACAUUGUACUGGUCCACGGGUUGUCUGUGUUGGCCACGGUAUGCAUCUGCCACGUACCGUUGAUCGUGCUCCCCUGUACAAAGUGCUUUGCCUUAACUAGCCUCAUUAAGUACUCGGUAAGAAGUGUGAUAUUAAGGAGAAACAUCUCGAAAUUACUUGUUAUAUACAUUGACUAGUGUACCUGAACAUGA